CACAAUGACAAGCCCAAGAACACCGCGGCGCUUCGGCUCAAGAGAACCCAUCACACCGGGGCGCGACGACGCAAACGGUGCGAACAGCGCAAGCCCAUUAGGCCUGGGACAGCCGCCAGGAAGACAAGGCGGCAGCGGUGGCGAGCGUUACACUUCACUCUCGUCGCUCAUGCGCUCCCCGGACCCCGCGUCUCCCACGGGCCGCAACGGCGCAUCGGGGUGGCGGCUGCCGAUUACCGAGGGUGUCGUGGUGCACGAUUCGAACGGCAACGGCGUGGCACACAACCGCGGCCGGGAGAAGCAGCGCCUCAGCCUCUGGCGGCUGAUGGCGCUCACCGUGUCCAUGGGCGGGAGCCAGAUCGCUUGGACAGUCGAGCUAGGCUACGGCACGCCCUACCUCCGAGACCUGGGCAUGUCCGAGUCCAUGACGUCGCUGGUAUGGCUCGCAGGUCCCAUAUCCGGCCUCGUCGUGCAGCCACUUAUUGGGGCAAUCUCGGACAGCUCGACAUCGCGCUACCGACGCAGAUACUGGGUCGUGGCUAGUACCGUGCUCCUCGUCCUCUCGGGUCUCGGGCUCGCGUUCACCGAGCCGGUGGCCAAGGCGAUCGUGGACCUGUUUGGCGGCGGACAAGGCGACUGGGACCCGAACACAGGUGCCAUGGUGCGCGAACUGGCCAUUGCGAUCGCCAUCUUCUGCUUCUACUGCCUCGACUUUGCGCUCAACGGCCUGCAGGCGUCACUGCGCAACCUCGUGUUCGACGUCACGCCGAGCGACCAGCUCAACUCGGCCAAUGUCUGGAACGGGCGCUUCAACCACCUCGGCAACAUUGUCGGGUUUACAAUGGGAUACAUGAACCUCAACAAUGUGUGGGGGUUGAAGUGGCUCGGAGGGGACCAGUUCCGCAAGCUCUGCGUGCUGUCCCUCAUCCUCCUUGUCAUCACCGUCUGGAUCACAUGCCACUUUAUCGAGGAGGACGAGCGUGCGACCCACUUCCAUCGCCGAUCAAAACUCCGCGACAUCCUGGCUACCAUCAAGGAAGCAAUCGUCACGCUCCCAAAGCCCGUUAGGCGCAUCUGUAUGGUCCAGAUCGCCGCCUUCAUGGGCUGGUUCCCAUUCCUCUUCUACGCGACCUACUACGUCAUCAACGUCAUGGCGUAUGAGCUAGGUCACGAGCCUGACUUGACAGUUGCGACGCGCGCAGGAAGCUUCGCGCUCCUCAUCUACUCGUUCGUGGCGAUCAUUGCUGGCACCGUUCUUCCGUGGUUCUCAGAGCGCGACCCCCGCCUUGUGGGCGCCACCUACGAUGACGACUCUGCAGACGAGGACGAGACGCUCGACUCGGAGUUUGCGAGGGAUCGCGCUCAUCAGGCCGAAGUGGAGCGAGUCCGCGAAAUGGUCCGCCAGUGGAAGCUGGAAGUCGUUAGGGAUGGCAAGGAGCUCAAGCUGCCCAGGAUGCCGUUCUUACUUCGCAACAUCUGGACUUGGGCACUGGUCCUCUUUUUCGUCCUCAUGAUGGGGACAUUUGCUGUCCAGAAGGUUUGGCAGGCCACGAUCCUCAUCUCGCUCGUCGGCAUCUGCUGGGCUGUUGCCUGUUGGGUCCCCUUUGCCAUGAUCAUGGAGUUCCUCAAGGAGUUGGAGCAGCCCGGAGCCAAUGGCACAAACGGAGCAGCGACGGACGAUCGCCCCGCCCACGGCCGGUCGUCAUCGCUGGGGCCUGCAUUCCGUCCAGGGCAGAACUCUACCCUUUCCGAGACCACUCCACUGAUGAGGAGCUACUCCACUGCCGACCUGGAGGGUGCCAGCAUGGAGUUUGCUGGACAGGGAUCUGUCGCCGGGGGCACCAUCAUGGGCAUCCACAACCUGGCCAUUGUCUUCCCCCAGUUCAUUGUUGCGCUGGUCGCGUCCGUCAUUUUCAGGGUGGCCGACGGCGACGCCGGUGACUCGGCUCCUGCCUUUGACGAGGUGUUCAAGGCCAAGACGGGUGUGGCGUGGGUCCUUCGUUUUGGAGGUCUGAUGGCACUCGUGGGAGCCGUCAUCUGCCGCCAGGUGCCACCGACCAAGACUGAAAAGAUCAUGCGUCGCCGUCUUGCCGAGAUUCGCGAAGAGAUUGGAGAGUAGGCCAUGUAUCAAUACGUUUUACACUGUAGAAGUGAUGGAUUGUUUGUGA